AUGAGUGCUAUAAGUCUUAUGUGCAGUAUAAUACAGGUUAUAAAGCCAAAUAGUCUAAUUUUAACAGGAAAAGAAAGUGAAUUAAGAGUAUUUGGUACUAGCAUUGUAGACAUGCAUUUAUCAGUUAGUAAGUCUGGGAUGUCUAGCAAACUAAAGCAUACAGUAGAAGUAAGAACAAAUGAGUUUUUUCGCCUAUUAAAAGAGUGCAGGGUGUUUUCAGACAUACACUUUACAGAGAAUGACAUGGCAACAAUGAGCAUAAAACAGGAGGGAUAUACUCUACAGUUGGAGUGUAUAGCAAAGGCUGUGGAGGAAAUAGUGCCGCCAGGUCUUAAUGCAGGCAUAAUUGUGGACUUGGAUGGUAAGCUAAUGAAAGAAAUAGCCACAAAGGACUGUCAUUCAAUACAAAUCACAUUUAACUCAGCAGGCCUAGAGAUAAAGGUUAAUGGGCCUAUAAAAGUACAUGCAGUACAAAAAACAGCCAAUUAUAUCAAGAAAAAGGCCAAGCCAUAUGCAUUUAUUAUGCCGGCAGAUGGAUUUGUGAUUAUAUCUAAACUGUGCAAGCUGGAUCCAAAUAGAAUUAUUAUAGGAGUACUAAAUAAUGUGUGUGUAUUCUAUAUAUAUUUCACAGACAUAACACUUAUUUGCCACUUGGCAGGAACACUUCUUCAAUUGAGUGAGUACUGAUAUAGACUGAGGAUGCGUUAGUAUUCAGAGUAUAUAAACUUUUAUGUGUAUUUAAGUUCAACUAUAUACAUGUAAAUAUGUAGGAAUAUAUAU